UCCUCCGCCGCGUCCUCGCGCGGCGCCGCUCCUUCAUCUCUUCCCCUUCAACAACAAUCCAAUUUAAUUAUUUCCUCUCUGCAUUUUUCCUCUUGUGAUGCCGAUCUUUUCAGGCAUGAAAUUGCAAAUGCUCUGUCCCAAGGAUUUCAUCUCCGUCACCGUCCUCAUUUCCCUCCUUGUCUUCUCGCCAAUUGAGCUCUGUUCCGGGCAAGACUACAUAAUCGGUGACGGAGCCGCCACCCUCGGAGGCGGAGGCGACGAUGGCGACGACGCCAAGCCGAAGAAGGCGGCGCCUCCACCGGAGCAGGACAGCUGCAACGGAAUAUUCCUGUCGUACACGUUCAUUUCGAGAGAGAAGGAGCUGCCGAAGGUGAAGAACGUGACGGCGCAGGCGUGGGCGUUCAAGUCGGAGGCGCUGAUUCUGAACGCCGGGACGACGGAGCUGAAGGGCUGGCAGAUGUUCGUCGGAUUCCACCACCGGGAGAUCCUCGUGGCGGCGGACGGGGCGGUUGUGUUGGACGGAGAUUUCCCGGUGGACGUCAGCAAUGGAACCACUUUGGCCGGAAAUUCGAUGACCGAUCUUAAGACCUCCAUUGAAACCGCCGGUGACAUGGACCAGAUCCAGGCCAAGAUCGAGUUCACCGGAACUCAGUUCGGCCUCAAGCCGCCCGCAGUUCCGAUGCCCAAGACAAUUCGCCUUGUUAACGACGGUUAUAAGUGCCCUGCUCCUCGUCGCCGGGGUACAAGACAAAUGCACGUAUGCUGCAAAAAGGAUCCAAAGUUGAAGGCGAAACCAGCGAAGAAAACCAAGUUCUUGGAGCGCCAAAAUGGAGACCUGUCUCUGACUUAUGAUGUGCUGCAAGCUUACGGAAACAACUACCAAGCUCAAGUCACCAUCGACAACAACAAUCCCCUGGGCCGCCUUGAUCACUGGAACUUGACAUGGGAAUGGAUGCGAGGAGAGUUCAUCCAAAGCAUGAGGGGAGCCUACACUCACACAAGAGACAUUUCCCAGUGCAUUUACGGCCCCGUCGGCCAGUACUAUCAAGAUUUCGACUUCUCCGGUGUCAUGAGCUGCGACAAGAGACCGAUCAUGGCUGAUCUUCCAGCUGACCGAGCCAACGACGAGAAGAUCGGCAAGCUGCCAUAUUGCUGCAGGAACGGGAGCUUGUUGCCAACUUUGAUGGACGAGAGCAAGGCGCGGUCUAUUUUCCAACUGCAAGUCUACAAGCUUCCACCGGACAUGAACCGAACCGCCCUGAAUCCGCCGCAGAAAUGGAAGAUCUCUGGUGUCCUGAACCCGAAAUACACGUGCGCACCUCCAAGACGAGUCUCCCCGACGGAGUUUCCGGACCCGAGCGGGCUGCAGUCGACGAGUACGGCGAUCGCAAGUUGGCAAGUGGUGUGCAACAUUACAAAGCCAAAGGUGAAGCAAUCAAAAUGCUGUGUUUCAUUCUCUGCAUACUAUAAUGACUCUGUGAUCCCUUGCAAUACUUGUGCCUGCGGCUGCGGAGAUGACACUGAUAGCACUUGCAAUGCAAAUGCAAAUGCAAUGCUGCUCCCUCCAGAAGCACUUUUGGUGCCAUUUGCUAACAGGACAGCAAAGGCAAAGGCUUGGGCUAAAAUCAAACACUACCCACUUCCAAAGAGGAUGCCUUGUCCUGAUAACUGUGGAGUUAGCCUGAAUUGGCAUAUUAACUCCGACUAUACCGAUGGAUGGUCAGCAAGAAUAACACUCUUCAACUGGGAAGAUUAUCCAUUUGAGGAUUGGUUUACUGCAAUUCAGUUCAACAAGGCCGGUCGCGGUUAUGAAAACGUUUAUUCCUUCAACGGAACGAGGCUACCGAAUGUCAAAAACACCAUCUUCCUCCAGGGCCUGCCUGGUUUAACAUACUUGAUGGGAGAGGUGAAUGGAACCAAUCCCAAAUCCGACCCCCGAGUUCCCGGGAAGCAGCAAUCUGUGAUUUCUUUCACCAAGAAGGGCCUGCGAGGCAUUGACAUUAAAGGAGGCGACGGUUUCCCAACCAAAGUGUUUUUCAAUGGCGAAGAAUGUGCACUUCCAAAACGAGUUCCCUUGGCAAAUGCAGCCCACCGGUCUCGCCACGCUUUCACGCCCCUCGGCCUCUUCGUCUCAGCCAUCACUCUCGCACUUAUAAGUACGGAUAGCUUCCGCUGAUCGAUCGAGCCGGUAGGCCUAACAUCAUCUUGGGAGACAGUUUUGAAUAAUACUUGGAUUUUUGUUGAAAACUCUUCACCAUUACUUUAUCAGCCUGAUAUAUAAUUCUGUUUUUACAUCAUGUGUUAGCAGGAAGGAGAUGAUGUAUGCUUUAAAAACUUGAGCUGAUGAUCUUGAUCAUGAUGAUGAUGAAUUGAAGCAAUCUGUUUCUAUCAAAAGGGGUCCUGAAUUGGAAGGACACAUAUUACAUAAAAACUCUCUACUCAAGUUGUAAUUAUUGGUUCUGUGUUAUAAUAUGCAAAUGAAAAAUGGGGAUAUUCAGGGUUUUCUUUUUUCUUUUUUCUUUUUCUUUUCUACUCAAUAUGGUUCUUUUGAUCUCAUAGGAUUAGGGUAAAAGAAAUCUUUUAGUGUUU